AUGCAUCGCACCGAACUCUCGCCUGCGCGUAUCCCCUCGGCGCCGCCGCCGACUCCCGUGACGCUCAAGUGGCACGAAGCGCCGGCCCGCCCCGAAGCGGACGCCCUCCGAACCAGACUCGAGAACCUGGCCCCAACGCACCGAAGCUUUUGCGUCCCUACCGACGACCAUGACAAGCCGGCCAGCCUCGGGUCCACGGCACCCGCGACCCCGUCUCUGGAGGCGCUGAGCCUUGAGACCGUGCUCGAGGAGCCCGCCAAGGUCGACGGCACAUAA